UUCCGGGUCGGAUGUUGUGAGGGAGUUACCUGGAGCUGAAUAUGGCAGGUUCCAGUAAGUCAGGCUCGUCCCCGGAAGAGGAGAUGCAAAUUUCGUUCGCCAAUCACAACUUUGUUGAACCAAAGAAAGAGAUCAACAUGUUCCCGGACAUGAGCAAGUGGAAACGUUCCAAGGCCUAUACUGACUACGUUGGGUUCAUUCUGACGCUGAAUGAGAGUGUGAAGGGGAAGAAGCUCACGUGCGAGUACAAAACCUCUGCGCCAGUGGAGAAACUGAUUGUGCUCCUGAACACACUGGACAAGUGGAUCGACGAGACCCCUCCAGUCAACCAGCCUUCCCGGUUUGGGAACAAAGCCUUCCGCACUUGGUACAGUAAACUGGAGAAGGAGGCUGAGAACUUGGUUUCCAAUGUGAUUCCCCACGAGCUGAAGGCUGCUGUUAUCGAGACCGCAGUGUAUUUAAAGGAAUCGGUGGGAAACCCAACAAGGAUAGACUAUGGAACAGGCCAUGAAGCUGCAUUCGCUGCUUUCCUGUGCUGUCUCUGUAAGAUCGGCGUUCUCCAGGUGGAUGACCAGCUUGCUAUUGUCCUGUGUAUAUUUGAUCGGUAUCUGCAGGUGAUGCGCAAGUUACAGAAAACAUAUCGCAUGGAGCCAGCGGGGAGCCAAGGGGUCUGGGGCCUCGACGACUUUCAGUUCCUUCCCUUCAUCUGGGGCAGUUCCCAAUUAAUCGAUCACCCCACCCUUACUCCAGCCCAUUUUGUGGAAGAGAAGGUGGUGAAUGAGCACCAUAAGGAGUACAUGUUUCUGGAAUGCGUCAGGUUUAUUAAUGAGAUGAAGACUGGUCCCUUUGCUGAACACUCUAACCAACUGUGGAACAUCAGUGCGGUCCCAGCCUGGUCGAAGGUGAACCAGGGACUGAUCCGGAUGUAUAAGGCAGAGUGCCUUGAAAAGUUCCCAGUCAUCCAACACUUCAAAUUUGGCAGCUUGCUCACCAUCAACCCAGUGGGAUCCUGAGCUGAACGAUGCAGUGGGCCCCAGAAACGUGGGCACCCAGGAACCAACAUCUCUUCACCCCCCUCACCCCAUCCCCAACCACAUCAGCUACAAACAAAGUUCCACCAAAAAAAAACCCAUGACUACUUUAUUUUUCCCGUUUAAUAAGAUUUAUUUUCUCUCUCGGUUUUGUUUCAAGUUUGGACAUGACUUAUCUGUGGAGUGAAAUGGCACGGAGUUGUAGUCGGGAGGGCGUGGCUUGCAUUUCCUGGGUGCAGAUGGGCAUCGGGUGAAUCAGCUGCUGGCUGCUAGGAUUUCCGCUCUCCGCCCUCCGACACAGAUCUGCCUCUCGGUCAUGACGAUAGAAGCCAACCUGAUGCAUGCUUUUCGAUCCCAGGUAUUGCCUGACCAGUGACCUGUAAGGGAGCUUCCUCUGUUGUUAGCUGUGAAGUUGUCACCAUGCUUUUCUGCAUCUUGUGGUCUGUCCCCUUUCGAUUCAGCCGGAGCUCUCAACGCCCCCCCCCCCCUCCCCCGACUCCCUCAACUUGAUUUAAAAUUAGCUGCUUCUCCAAAUCAAUUCCCCCCCCCCCAUCAAAUUUACGUUUAGAUUAAAACUAAAACAAAAAAAUGAUUAGAGUUUAUGAGUCUGACUGACCAUAAAACAAUCUGAAAACAACUCCACCACUGGAAUAUCCCUUCAGCAGAGCUGAGUCAAAAAUCCGAAAGAAACGUUUAACAAAAUAGUAUUAAAAUAUAGAGAUUGUGUCUUCGAUCCAUUGUAAAAGAACUUGGGCAACUUAAAUCCACCAGGUGGCAUUUUAAUUUUGAAGGAAUCAUUUUGGAUGUUUGCCUAAUGUAGAUCGCUUCCAGGGUCAGAGGUUAAUCUUGUUCUUUCCCCAGUGCUGCAGCCCUGACUCUCAGAGAAUUGAUGCUUUUAAUAAAAUAAUUCACUGUAUUAAAAGUAGAGGUUUCUUGUUAACACGACGUGGGGCAGUUCUUUGCAGCAAGAAGAUAUUUAGCCUCACCCACCCCUGCCCCCACCACCUAUCCUCCACUGCGUACCCACUAGAUCACUUCUGUGGAUUUUAAGUGUUGGCUUUUAAAUAAGGGAACCAUUGCUCGGACUGACAAUCUCUUGAAUGCGUUGGGUUUAUUCAUAGUCUGCCAUUCCUCCUUGAGCAGUAAAUGGAAAUCUUGGUGACAGAGUAUUAGGCAAUGCAGUAUUUAAAGGAUUUUGAGAAUCUUGGCCCUUUACAGUGUGUUUGUGUGUGUCUCAACCCAGCAACAUCCAGAGGGCUGUGUCUGGAAUAUUUAUCAAUGAACCCACUCCUGUGAUGUUAUAGCAUCUAAUUAAAGGAAAAGCAUUAAAGGGACUGUGGUUUCUCCAAA